AUGAACGAGCCCAUCCCGCUCCCGGGCUCAGGUUCAGGCUCAACGGGAACGAUGCCCCGCCUCGGUCUCGGCGUCUACCAGCUCAGGGGGGAAGAAUGCUUCGCGGCCUGUCUGGCGGGGUUAGAGGCCGGGUACCGGCACAUUGAUACCGCGCGGCUGUAUGGGAAUGAAGAGGAGGUCGGGAGGGCCGUUGGGGUGUUUUUGAGACGGCGAGAGGAGGGGUCAUCGGAUGGGUGUGGUGAUGGACGGGGAGUAGAGGGGGCAGGGAAGAGUAGAGUCCAGAGGGAGUAUCUGUUUUUGACGACCAAGGUUGAACGGUGGGAGGGCGACGGGGAGAAGAUGUAUGAGAGUGUAUUGGGGAGUGUAAUGAGAAUUGCUGGGGAGGAGGAGGGUGGAGGGUACGUUGACUUGAUUCUCGUACAUCGUCCCGUUGCGCGGUGGAGGGAUAUCUGGAGCGUGUUGGGGAGGUUUGUGAGGGAGGGUAGGGCGAGGGUGCUCGGGCGAGAACUAGUCGCCUACUGCCAACAAAACGGCAUCGUGGUACAAGCGUACAGCCCUCUCGCGCGCGGGCAGCGGUGGGCGGAUCCGGUGUUGAGAGAGGUCGUGGAGCGGGUUCGGCGCCGUGUCGGGGUCGGUGUCCGGGAGGAUUCAAUACCGGUAUCCGGACGACGGGUUGCGGGGACGAACUGCCGCAACGACGACCCACGGGAGCGGGAGACGGCAGAGGAGAUUCCGGUGGAGACGGCAGUCACGAAAAAGAGAGAGAUCACGGAGGCUACAGUCACGCCGGCGCAGGUGCUAAUCCGGUGGUCUCUGCAACGCGGAUAUGUGCCGCUUCCCAAGAGUGCGGACGCAGAGAGAAUCAGGGAGAAUGGGGACGUGUUUUGGUUCAAGCUUGAUGAGGUCGAGAUGGGCAUGUUGGACGGAUUGGAUCUGGGGGCUGCGGGGGCGCUGUUUCCUAAGAAUUCUGCAGCCACGGGGCUAUAG